AAAAGGCGUCUCAUUAAUCAUUACGCACGACUGUGCGUAAUAGGUACUAGAAUUUUACUUUGAUGUUGUCCUUAAAAUGAGGACGAGGUUGUCCAAGAACAAAAUGUUAACAUUUUUAAUUUUGUAACUUGAAAAAUUUCUGCUACAAAUUUAGGCAUUUACAAGUUAUUAUUAUGUUAUUUUUUGUGCAAUGAAACCUAGACGGCAGCUUAAACCAUCGUCUCUGAAGAUUGCACUUACUACUAGGAAAACUACUGCGCCCAAUUUGAGAGUUACCCACAGUGUGACUACUCCAGCAGACUGUUUCUACGAGAUACACAAAUUAAAUUCCGAUAUUUGUCGUCUCAGGAUUCAUGCUAAGUUUUUCUGGCUGGGCCGUUCUACUAACUGCGCUGAAAGUUUUUUGGAAAUAGACGGAAAAUACAUUUGCGGAUGUAAAAGCGAUUUGAAAAUAAUAGCGCCAUUCGAAGGCUACUCUACAAAAAUUUUACGUUUCGUCAGUGGAGGGCAAGAAAGAUCGUCAUACAGCGGUUUUAUUGUAGAAGUUAUUCAGGAUGAGUGUCCAAAAAAAGUUAUUCCUGAAAGUAACAGUAAAAAUAAAACGGUGGAAAAAAAAUUUAGAUUUUACAACGAUCAAAUUAACAGAGUUGCCUGGCCAAAUAAAUCCGAUGAUUUAGUAGUAGAAAAGUUACAUUUAAUUAGUGAAAAUACGGAAAUCAUCAAAGAUGAUCAUUUGGAGACUCAUGGUCAACUUCAGCCACAAGUGGUUAGAAAUGUUUAUUUUUAUUCGUUUCCUGAUAUCAAUCGUAUACCACAUGAUCGUGAAGACACAGAGUACGUAGACACUUCAAGUAAAACAUCUUUUAAUCAAGAUAAUUUUGAUUACAAUUAUUGUCGAAGUUGGAAUCAAGAGCAGUUUAACUCAAUAUCUUUGAGAAAUCUUCCUGUGUGUAAAAAUAACGAAGGGACUAUUGUAGAAAGAAAGUGUUUCGAGUUAAACCAAAUUAGAGGCUAUUUUAAAAGUCCAGGAUACCCAUUUUAUUACUUAGGAAACAAGAAUUUUUGUUACAAAUUUCGCAAAUUACCAGGAUAUUGCACAAUUCGCGUAUUUAUGAAAGAUUUUGAUCUUCAAGACAGUGUCACCUGUGAAAAUGAUUAUGUACUUUUUGCAAACCAAUUAAGAUACUGCGGAAGGCGUUUAGCAAAUACCAUUUCUACUUUAGAUGUACGAAAUAAAUUGUACGAACAGAUGAAUUUCGUUACGGAUGCUUUGUUUUGUGGGAGAGGGUUUUUUGGUGCGUAUGAACAAAUUCCGUGCCAGGAAUUCCCUCAUCCAAUUAAUCCGACCGAUCCAACUGGGACAACACCACCUUACGUUCCUCCUACGAUGACUCCUUGUUCUAAAACAGUACGGGAAGAAAUGUUCACUUUUGAUGUCUACGAUUACAAUGAGCCGUCUUGUAUGUUGGUAAUAAAAAAAAAUACGGAGUACGUUUGCUCAGUGAAAAUUUAUUUUGAAAAGUUUGAUUUGGUUUGUGCAUGGGAAUCAUUAGUUAUUGAUGGGACUCGGUAUUGUGGAAAUUUGACAGGAGAGUCUGUUAAUAUUGAAGUGACGAAUAGAGAUCCCAUUAUUGUGUACCGAAGGUUUUUGAAAACAGAUGCUGGAGGUUUGCGGUUAAAACUCACAGGAACUCAAGUGUCAGACGAUUGUCCUUAUCCUGAAGUACCGGCAGAACGGUUUAUAAAGCCUAAGUCACUAAACUGGACCGAUGUCGAUAGUAACAGACAAUUUAUUCUGAAAUUCGGUGAUCGUUUUAAAAAUAUUUGUGGUGUAAUUACUAACACUACGGAAUCAAAACUACCUGAAACAUUUUGUGAAUUAAUAAUGAAGGAGCAUAACAAUGUGACAGAUUGUGUACCUCUCAAGGAGAAUUCAUUAAUCGUUCCAUUUAAUUCUCAAAAACUUGAACUGAAAAUUCGUGAUGCUCAAGAAACCGAAGAAAUUGAAUUCCAGGAGAUUGAUUGCGACGAUUUAUCUAAGAACUCCAACAGUUAAAUGCUGACGUUGUGAUAUUCUUCUGCUGUAUGGAUCACACACACUAAACUGUACAAAUAAUAAAAGGCUUCUUUAUCCCAAUUUUAUUAACAUGUUUUACGGAAGUUGGAAAUUUAUUAUUUAUUAAAUGUAUAUAAACAUGA